GGGGCGUGAGAACUACAUCCCCCAGAGUGCCCCGCGGGGCGAGGGGCGGGGCGCCGGGCACGGAGGGGCGGAAGCGAUUGCUUCUUUGUGAACUGGUGGUGUUGAAGAAGCUAGAUGAAUGGAACAGUUAGGACAGAUGGGAAGUUGGCAUUUCGUGCUCUCCGCGUACCACAGGACACAAACGGUGCUGUGUCUCUGAAGUGACCUGCAAGCAUCGGAGCUGUGUGUCUUGAGGGACUCUGAGGACCUCUGAAGCAAGAGUGCAGUGAUGGAUAAUCGUUUCGCUACAGCGCUAGUAAUCGCCUGUGUCCUCAGCCUCAUCUCCACCAUUUAUAUGGCAGCCUCCAUUGGCACUGACUUCUGGUAUGAAUACCACACCCUGUCCCCAGCCGAGAACAUUAGUGAAGCUGGUAGGAGCAUCUGGGAGGAAUUUGUCAGCGAAGAGGCAGAUGAGAAGACCUACACAGAGGCGCUGUUUCAGUGCAACGGCACAGUUGGAUUGUGGCGGAGAUGUAUCACUGUACCCAAAAACUCUCACUGGUACAGCCCACCAGAAACUGAUAUGACUACAAACUGCAUCAGUUUUUCCCUUUCUGAUCAGUUUAUGGAGAAGUACGUAGAGCCUGGAAAUCACAACAGUGGCACAGAUUUGAAUCGAACUUAUCUCUGGCGAUUACAGUUUCUCCUGCCCUUUGUCAGCCUCGGCCUCAUGUGCUUUGGGGCUCUGAUUGGGCUCUGUGCUUGUGCCUGUCGUAGCCUUUAUCCUGCCAUUGCCACCGGAGUCCUCCAUUUCCUAGCAGGGCUUUGUACGCUGGGCCUGGUUGGCUGCUAUGUAGCUGGGAUCGAGCUGCUCCAUAAGAAGCUGCCCCUGCCUAAUGAUGUGAGGGGUGAAUUUGGCUGGUCUUUCUGCCUAGCCUGUGUCUCAGCACCUUUGCAGUUUAUGGCAGCUGCUCUUUUCAUCUGGGCAGCUCGCACCAACAGAAAAGAAUUCACUCUCUUGAAAGCAUACCGUGUAGCAUAAGUGCUGCUACUGAAGUAUUGGGUUUCCAUGUUUUAGACUCUUCUCCCUCCAACCCUUACUACUUUUUUCUUUUAGUCAGAAGUUUGCCUUGCGCUGCGUGCUUCUUGGCAGUUGAGACAAAUUAGCCUGCAGGCCCUGAAGACAAAGACCUCUGGGCUAAAUGACCAUUCUCUUGCCGGAAGUCUGCAGAACUUGAACAGGUUUUUAAAUCGGGUUUUUUUUAAGAAUUGUUACUACUAUUAUUUUUUAAGCUUCUUUUAAUUGUUAAAUAUCUCCUCGGUUAGGUGUAUGUGCCCCUUUCUAAUUUUAUUACCCUAUCAGCCUGGAGGAAAUAGGAAUGGUGUUAUGAGGCAGAAGAGAGAUAGGAAAAUAUGCAGGUAGGAAAGAAUGGGAAUCUCAGUGUAUAAAUAACAAAUAAUCAGGAGCUGUCUGCUGUGUGACCCAAGCAAGCAGUACCUAUAGAGACACUGGGGAACUCAGAAACCUCUCUUAUGGAAAUACUGUAGCUAAAUCAGUCCUAUAGCUUUAGUUUGGGUCUCUUAUUCUCACUAGUUUGCUACAUCAUGUGGCUUCUGCCAAAACUAAUGCAGGCAGAGCAGCUGGUUGUGGGAGUGCCUGCAGAGCACAUCAUCCUGAAUGCAGACUCUGCACUUGCUUUUGCCAAGAAGCGGGAUAAGCAGGCCAACGUGAAGCUAUGUGCUGCUCUAGCUACACUGCUUCCUGGACCCAGGCUAGUUUGGCGUAUGCACUACAUGUGGUUGUGCACUCUAAUCUUAACCUGUGGUGCUUUUGCUUGCUGUGAAAUAAGGAUUUUCCUCCCUCUUGUGUUGAAAAUGGCCCUUCAAGUUUUUUGGUUUUAAUUUAGUUUAGUGUAUAUGUGUAUAUGUACAUAUAUAAACCUAACUUUUUUUAAGGCUCACCUAUUUAUCCUAUCUAGUACACAACAGGGUUUUUUUAAAAGGUGCUGCUCUUUCCCAUCUUGCCCCAAGCCUAUUGUUUAAAUGAAAUAAUAAAAAAGCUCAGAAAUU